AUGAAGGAAAGGAGUUAUGGGUGGAGUUCAAAUAUGAACUACUUCCAUCUAAUUUUUGCUACUGUUGUGGGAGGAUUGGCCAUUCUCAGCUGGCUUGCAAGAACCCAGAAGAGUUUGUGGAGGGGUGGUACGGUGACUGGACUAGAGCGGGUCCAUACUCCCCUUGCAUCGCCGAUUACUAUUGCGCGGAGAAUCCAUUCGCCGGGAACGGCGGAAAGCAAGACAGGAGAUAACUUCGGUUCCGAGGAAGGAGGAAGGGCGCUGGACCGGCUGCUUGACGGGAGACUCUCCGGUGGGCGAGGAUCCCAAAGAAGAGAGAGGGAGGCCAACACUGGUGGGAAUGGUGCACGUGGGACCACACCUGCUAGAGCAACAGCUCUUUUGUCAGCCGAUAUGGGAGACAACCCGGGAAAACCGCCGGGGUUUCCAUCUCCAUCUGCCUCGGAGAGAGAAGAACGACUGUCUAAACUACAUCAGACGGGUAGCUUCUCUCCGUACAUACCCAGAACCCUGCUGCCAGAGAUGGAGAAGACGGCAGAAGGAAUGAACCAGAGAGGAGGGUUUGUGGUAGGCCAAGGGUCUGGUCAAGUGGGUAUGGGCCAAGUUGGAGGGGCCCAAGCUAUGUUGCAUUUUAAUUCCUAUGGGCAGCCUACCUUCUUUCCUAGCCCAAAUUACCUCCAAAUGGCCCAGGAAAAUAUGCUAUUUGGGCAGACUCAGCAACCCUGUGCUUUUUGGGAAAAUAAUCAGAUGGAAGCCCAAUUCCUUAGUCCUUGGGGUUUAAGGAAAGAUGAGCCUAGGAAGAAGCUGAAGAUUAACAACAAGAGGAAAGCUAGCAUCAUCAUUCACGAGCAGCAGAGGGAAUUAACUGAGGAAUUUGAGAAUGAAGAAUCUGCAGGAGUGAAUGGAUCAGGAAGGGUGGAGGUGGCUCACCAAAAGCCACCAAAUCAGCCAUGA